CUAAAUGAGAUUCCAGCAGUGAAAAUCUCUGAAGAUUUUUCACGAGGACAUCCACGAUCGAGUGAGUGAGCAUGGUACCACAAAGCUCUCUCCUGUGGGUGGUGGUGCUGGUGUGUGGAUUUGUGUCAUGUGAGACUCAACAAUUUUUGGUUCAGGAGUCUGUGAAUGUGGGUCUUUCCUCAGUUGCAUUAGCGAUCUCAACCACAGCAGAUUAUCAAGUUAUCAUUCAAAUCGAUGACGUAGCACGUUUCAAGGCAAUUUUGGUUAAUUUAUCACUGCCCUUUUUGGUCAAUAGUUCAAUAGAGAUUACUGCUAUCACCACGACAACAGUGUGUUCACCUGGUAACCUGACAUCCUACGAGUGCCGCUGUGAGCCGGACUAUAUCUGGUCCCAAGAAGUAUGCAGCAAUUACAGUGUAUGUGAUCGUUCUGUCCAAGAUCCAUGUGGGUGUAUCACUUCUAUACCGGCAAAUGACCAGUCAUGUCAGCUCAGGCCACCAGUAACUACUGCCAUACCAACUACUACUACUACUCCAACCAGUACCUUUCCAGUGACAGACUACGACGUAUCCUUGACGUUCUCUUUGAGCAUCAACGGCUCACUCCAAAACAUUACGGACUACAUCAGGAGUGCCCUCAACUCAUCUCCUUAUAAUCUGUCCCAAAGUCUGUUGCUGUCAGUAUUCAACUUAACUACAGUUUGCACUGUAGAACCAGAUCGAAUGCUGUGUCGGUGUGAGGAGGGGUACAGCUGGCCAUGUGAAAAGUGUUACAACUAUAGCCAGUGUCCCAAUACCACAAUAAACCCCACAUGUGACACGGCUUAUAUUUAUGGGUCACUCGCUAACGAGACCUGUGAACCAGUCACAAACACAUGUCAGUCCUGUCCAGGGAUUACUACAACUGCUCCUACUACUACUACAACAUCUAAUAUUACUACUACAACACCUAAUAUUACUACAACACCUCCUCCUACUACAACAGCACCUAAUAUUACUACUACAACACCUAAUAUUACUACUACAACACCUAAUAUUACUACAACACCUCCUCCUACUACAACAGCACCUAAUAUUACUACUACAACACCUAAUAUUACUACAACACCUCCUCCUACUACAACAUCUAAUAUUACUACUACAACACUAAUAUUACUACUACAACACCUAAUAUUACUACAACACCUCCUCCUACUCCGACAGCACCUAAUAUUACUACUACAACACCUAAUAUUACUACAACACCUCCUCCUACUCCGACAGCACCUAAUAUUACUACUACAACACAUUCGUCUACUACUACUACUAGAACUACAACUCCCAUUCCAGUUCCAGAACAAAAAGCAGUAGCAGUUACUUUGGAUGUCCCAUUUAAUUCUUCUUUCAAUUCUCUGGACAAUCCUUUGAACACCAACACAAGAAAAUUAAUUUUGGAUGGUUGUCGUAAAAGGCUUCAAAAUUGUAAAAUAUUGAGUUUAAUUUUUAAACCUGGAAGUACAAUAGUCGAGAGCAAUAUUAGUGCCACUUCACCUCCAGAGGCCAUAGAAACAGUACAGCAAGACAUCGUGAGUGAAAUUGUAAAACAAUACAAAGUCAUCACUGAUGGGGUCAGUUUGGAUUUUCUGAAAAAGCCAGUACUUUUUGGCACUGAGGCUAAAAUAGAGUGUGAUCCAUCCGGAGAGAUUUUCAGCAGCAAUUGGACAGCGUCAUGGUUCAAAGAUGGUGUUGAAAUCACUACUGGAGUUAACAAUGCUGAUGGAAAGUCAGUGCUGACAAUUCUGAAUUUUUUUCGCACAAACAUAGGAUAUUACGAGUGCAGACUCACCAGUGGAAACAACAUAUUCAGACAAAAAUCAGGAAGACUGACUUUUAUGGAGCUGCCAGUCAUUACUUUAAGCCCAGUGUCACAAAGUAAAACGUGCACAGUGGGCUACUCUCAAGUCAUUGAGUGCUCUGUUCAAAGCACUGUUCGGGAUUUCUAUAAACUCCGAUGGAGGGGUCAAAACUUAACAGACUAUGGUAAAAUCAGUAGAGAGACCGAUAGAGUCACCAGCUGCCCGCAGAUCUUUACAGACACUUGUGAAGCAGCAGACUAUCCACAGUAUAACAAACAAGUAACAUUAACUUUUAAAACAGAAGAAGGUUUUCAAUGUACAAGUGACACCUGGGGCCUUGGAAAUGAAGGGGACCAAGUUGAAGGAUCCUGUGAAGAGGGAAAAGUCGGAAAGAAAGUGGCCACAUGUUUAAACAGAAAUUGGGAAGUGGAGGACUUCUGUGUGCUCGAAAAAAUCCAGGAACUGCUGAAUCAGACAGAGGCACUGAGGGACCCCGGUGCAGUUCCUGAAAUCCUGAAUGAGCUCAACGAAGUCACAAAUGAAUUAGAAAAGAAUGUCACAGAAUCAGCUGCAACAAUCGAAACCAUUGUGAUAGUCAUGAAAAGGUUGGCAGACAUAAGCAAAGAAAUUACACAAGGACCAAUGGAGGAUAUCUUAAACACUUCGAGCAUUUUAACUGUGGACGCAGCAAAAAAAUCAUGGGAUAGACUUAACAAUAGAACAUAUAAAAAUUUGACAAGAAGUUCAAAAGCAACAGUGAAUAGUCAUAUUGCAGCCAGCUCUACAUUUUUGAAAAAUCUUGAAGAUUAUUCAAAGAAAUUUGUGGAUCGAUUUGGUAAUAUUGUAACAGAUUUCAUCUUGUUUAACAAAACUGUCUUCAGCAACACUUUCCAAGAGGAAUAUGAUAACUCAGUGCAAAUAGAAAUACCACAAUCUGGGCUACAAAACAAUACAAUUACAGUGUUGACGUUUGAAUCCUUACACAAUGUAGUACCUCCAGUCAACCAAAUGAUGACAUCCAACUUAUCCAUCAAUGCUAAAGUUGUUCUUGUCCAAUCAGUUGGAGUUAAAAAUGUGUCUUUCACCUUUGACCUCCGCAACAGCUCUUUGUUCAGCCCUCAAUGUGUUUUCUGGAACUUCGCACUCUUCAAUGACACAGGUGGAUGGGAUAAUGAGGGCUGCAUUGUGGUUAAUGACACUAAGGACACUGUAACCUGUCAAUGCAAUCACUUAACAUCAUUCUCCAUACUUAUGUCUCCUUACGCUAACUUUUCUAAGAAACAACAAAAAGACUUGGAGAUCAUAACGUACAUUGGAGUUGCAAUAUCGAUUGCUUCCCUGAUAAUAUGCCUCAUCAUUGAAGCUGUUGUGUGGAAAAAGGUUCGCAAACCAAGAGUGUCCUACAUGCGUCAUGUUACCAUUGUCAACAUUGCUGUUUCUCUGCUUUGUGCCAAUAUCUGGUUCAUGAUUGGAGCCGGGAUUUCUGAAAGAAAACACGAACCUUCCUGCACGGCAGCCACAUUUUUCAUUCAUCUAUUUUACCUGGCCUUAUUCUUUUGGAUGCUGGUGUCAGGACUAUUGCUGUUCUACCGCACCAUCAGUGUUUUUGAUAGUGGGAUGAGAAAAGGAACCAUGUUGGCUAUUGGUUUUUCCAUUGGAUAUGGAGCGCCAAUUAUUAUCGCUGUGGUGACUGUAGCGUCCACUGCUGGACAGAAACAUUACAUACAGUUAAACAAUUUCUGCUGGCUCAAUUGGAAUGAGUCAAAGGCGCUACUGGCCUUUGUGAUCCCAGCACUGACAAUUGUUGUGAUAAACUUCUUCAUCUUGUGUGUGGUCAUCUAUAAAAUAAUUCGAAGAAGGACAGCAGCAAAUGGAGCAAACGCAGAAGAAAAGCAUGUCUUCAUGGUGAUUAUCCGCUGCCUAGCAUUCCUAACUCCUUUUUUCGGGUUAACCUGGUGUCUCGGAGUAGCAACAAUGGUGGAUAUCAAGGAUGACAACUCUAAAUUUGGAGUUCACGUCUCAUUUGCAUUCUUCAAUUCCCUUCAGGGUUUCUUUGUCUUGCUUUUUGGAACUCUUCUGGACAGCAAGGUGCGUCAAGAAAUUUCAAAAUCUUCAAGUUCUGGAGCAACAAGGAGCACAACUGGAGGACAGACUUCAUCGUCAGGUGUACUGGCCGGGUUGCGAAGGUGGAGAGAUGGUUACAAUAUAUCAUCAAAUGCGGAUUCUUCAGUUACUAAUACUUAAUGGAUCACUUAAUGCAAUAGUUUUUACAGUGAAAUGGAAGUUUAAAAGUCCUAUAUUACACACAAGUUACUCUUGUGAUUUUAGCCAUUUCAUAAUGCUAUUACUUCAUCAAAAACAUACCAGGAGUUGUGUUUUGUUUCAAUCACACAUGUAUGAGUACCGUAUAUAAGUCACUCUGGAGUAUAAAUUGCACUUUUUGGGGGAAAUUUAUUUUAUAAAAUCAGAGACCAGAAACUGACAUUUCAUCUUAAAAGGCAAGUUAUAGUAAUAACAAUAGAAUAGAGAACAACAGGUUGAAUGGGCGUGUGGUAUGUUUACCAAACUCUCCAUCUCACUCCAAAUCACUAAAUCCAUUGAAUUCUUCAUCCUCCUUGUCACUUCUGAGCAACUUCGUGACCUUCGGAGGCAAAGAGAGUGCCACUUCCUCUUCUGUGUAGCUGUCGUCAGACUCAGCAUCAGUUCCAGUUAGAAUUAUUCUGACCUUUCUGAAUCCCAACAGGAUGGUUUCAGUUGUCACUAAAGUCCAGGCUUUGUCGAUCCAUCCAAUGACUUCCAGGAAAGUUGCAUGGCGGAACCUCCCGGUUGCCGUGAAGCUGUGUUUUCCAACCCCGCGUUCUGUCAGUCCUUCACAAGUUUCUCGCUCACUCCAAACUUUCUUCCUGCUCCUCGAUUACCGUUUUCAGCUGAAUAUUUCACUACUUGCAGUAGGACAGAGGAUCUUUCUGCAGGAGACAUGCACAGUAGGGCUCCAAGUGACAGUGGAACAGGAGUAAUAGGAAUAGCAGAUACUGGCACAAAGUCUAGAGUGCCCUCUCGCUCCUGUCAGUGUGAAAAAAGAAACACUCAAACCAUGAAAAAAAGUGCGACUUAUAGUCCGAAAAAUACGGUAAUCCUUUAUUCUGUCUACAUCUCCAAAGCUCAAAAUGUUCUGUUCCACCUUGUUAUGUCAUGUGGUAGUUUUCAAGUUAACAGCUAACUUUUCCCUUUUGUUCAGCAGAGAUUGGCAAGUGAAGGUGUAACUAAAAACACAGUACAGUACUACAUGACAUCACAAGGUGGAACAGUUUUCUGUUUGAGAGAAGAACUAAACUGAAAUAUGCAGUGUUUGUGUGAAUUAAACAAAACACAACUCCAGGAAUGAUUUUGAUGAGAACUACAUUAUAACAUAGAUCAGAAACUUGCAUAAUAUGGGUCCUUUAAACAUAUUUGUGAUUUUGUUACAGAUUUUGAGCAUACAACUGGUCAGUGUGAUGCCAGUUUAAUUUUCAGUGAAAUGCCCUGUAUUCUGAGAUAAGAUGUCAAAUAUGCACUUUACAUUAGAUAGUACAUUUGGAGGAUUUUGUUGGAUAACUAUAAGUUGUCAGUUUAUUUUUUCAUUAACUCUCUUAGGAAUCUUCAAUUAAAAGUGUGAAAUCUGUGCUGUUUACUUACCAAGCAUUGAGGGAGUAAUUCAAAGUGUCACCCAUGGGGACCAGUCUUUUGUUUUGUUUGGGGAAAGCUGUUCAGUCAAAUGGGUGUAAUUAGCACCUAUAAUGUAAUACUAGGCGUGUAUUGGCUGUAACACCUUUUCUACUCAUCUCUCUAGACAAAACACAGCAUGACCUUGACAAUAGGGAAAUAGCAGUCAACUCUAUGGUCAUGGAUUUCUCCUUCUGAACAAAGUUUGUGUGGAAAAAUAAUGCACUUUAAUAAUUGUAUAUUUGAUUAUGACAAAUUUCAGUUAAAGGUACAGUGUGUAACUUUUCUAGUGGAGGGUCCGCCACCUGCUUAUCUUCAUGGAGACGUUAUUGCCUUGUCUAAAAUGGUCCAUGGCUGAGAUUACAGGUCAGAUCUGUGGAAUGUGGACAGGCAACCCUAGUCACAAAGAGAAUGACUUCUUGAGCAAUAGAAACACCAGUAAUUAAUUAAUGCUCAGUAGAUGUGUCAUACCAUGAAACAUCCAGGCAAAGCAAUAACAUCUCCAUGGAAACAAGCAACUGACGGAAACUCCACCAGAAAAGAUGCCUAAUGCACCUUUAAUACUAGGGCGGAAAUAUUUAUGUAUGAUUCAACAAUGGAUGGACUAAAUAAUUACUGUUAUUAUAAUUUGAAACCAGGUUAAAUUUUUUUUUUUACUCUACACUACACCAAGUCUCUUACAUUUUUAUUUUUUUAUAGUAUUUAUAUAUAUUUAUAUGUCUUAUGUUGUAUGUGUAAAAUGUAUAGUGUAAAUUUUAUGUUGUAAAAGUGUACAAAAAUGCUUUAUGUUAUUAUUUUUAGUGUGAGCCUGGUACAGUGAGCACUUUUUAGGUGAAGCUUCUGCCCAUAAACCAGAGACUAAACAGUUCAGAUAAACUUAUACUUUUGUAUCCUAUGACAGUAUACUUCACACACAAUAAAAUAAACU